AUGGAGAAAGCCAUGCGCUGGUUGGACAGUUUCCACAACGUGGAGCCUCAGCGGGCACCGUCGUCGAUUGGCUGCGCACUCACGGUGCUGAUGUUCCCAGUUGUCCUGGUCUACGUCAUUGUAUGGGUGGUGAAUUAUCAGAACCAGCCUCCCGUGGAGACCUUGGUGAUUGACUGGUCUGUUGCAAAGGGCCCCUUUCCAAUGAAGGUCCAGUGCGCAGAGGCCAACUGUUGGAUGUGGCUUUCAGGCUGCAACAGUGACGCCUCCGGUCAAUGCAUUGCUUUGACAAGCGGCCAGGAGCACACACUCCAGAUGUGCUACUCCUGGCGAGCCCGGGAAGGCUUGCAUAUGUGGUGGAAGUCGCCGAACGGUACGGACCCCAGCACUGCAGGCAUCAAGAUCUUCUCGGACGCUCCCAGCGGGCAGGUCAACCAGCUUGUGGAGUCCGGACGCUCUUCGAUGACCUACGUGAAGACCCAUGACCUUACGCAGGAAGAAGGUAGUUACAACUACCUCCGGCGAGAAUGGUUUGUGAUGUACCUCUCCCCGCAGGCUCUGGAGCCGACGCACCAAGGUUGCCAGAAUGAGGCCCCGGCCGAUGCCCAGACGGCCCAGGUAGUGAUGCGCCCAGAGUUCUAUGAAAGGAAGGUUGAGAAGACAGAUCUGUGGGUUUCGGUGAUUGGGGAGGCGGGGGGGGCCUUUGGCCUUGCGCAGACAGCUUUCUUUGGCCUGUAUCUCCUCCUCUGGUAUACACAGUACGGAGCGCAACGACUGGAAGAGAAGGUCCACAAUCACACACAUAGCGCCCAGGCAGACCUGGAGGCGGCUAAGACUGCAGCUCCCCAGCCAAGGAUGGCAGGGGCUUCUGAAAGCAAACUCUCAGAAGACGAAGCCUUUGCGUUAGGCGUUGAGCGCGCCGACAUUUGA